GCCAAUAUCUCUACAUAUAAUGGAUGAGGUACUCGAACAAAACAGAUGCUUGACAAAUAUCCACUUUGCAGAUUUUUCAACUAUCACUUGUUUUUUAUUUGUCAAGUGCCUCGAAAAUCAUCCGAUCGAUUUGGAGCGCAAAUAAAGUUUUUGUCAUAGUUAUCCAUUUAAAAAUAAGGUGAUUUGGUUUAAGAGAUAACGUUAUCGAAAAGUGAAGUUUUACAACUACUUAAUAUAAAUAUCCAAGAAUAAAUUAAAGCUGCAGUUGUUUGAACUGUUCGCCAUCAGAAAACGCCGCAAUAUGAAAAGGCUUCUGCUUUUGGCGGCAAUUGUUGCCAUUGCUUCAGCUAAGUCAGUUUCCCUGCUGAAGAGUGAAGAGAUCACUGAUAAUCUGAAGAACACUUCAAGGUAUUUGCUAUAUGAGAGGGAGGAUGGAUUAUUUGAGGUCGAGGAAUUUGAAAAAGAACAAGUAAACCCUGAGCUGUUCGUUAGCGAUAAUUCAGUAACGUUCUACGUGUAUACCUCUCAGAAUCGUGCUGGAACCCAAAUAAGAGCCAGUGACGCCAGAAACAUUGUUCGAUUAACUGGAUUCGCUGCUAACAGAGACACUGUUGUACUUAUUCAUGGUUGGAGAAAUCACUACUUAUCACCAAUAAAUGUUGAAAUUAGACCGGCACUUCUCCUCAGUAAAGACGUAAAUGUAAUUGUUGUUGACUGGAGCCCAAUUGCAUCAGCAAAUUAUUUAACUGCACAAGGUUCCGUACUUGCUAUUGGAAACUUUAUCGGCGACUUUCUAAUCCGAUUGAACAACGAAGUAGCGCAUUCUCUAUCCAGGGUCACUAUUGUAGGAUUUUCACUUGGAGCUCACAUUGCAGGUAAUACUGGUGCUAGAACUAGAGGACUGACCGGCACAAUUGUUGGACUAGACCCUGCUGGCCCGCUAUUCACUGUAAACAACAUUAACAAUCGCCUGGAUCCCACUGAUGCUCAGUAUGUCCAUGUAAUCCACACAAACGAUGGCGUAAUGGGUUUUGGAAUCCCAAUGGGAGAUGUUGAUUAUUAUCCUAAUGGAGGUUCCACUCAACCAGGAUGCGGCAUCGAUGUAGCCGGAAGCUGUGCCCACAGCAGAUCAUAUUUCUACUAUGCCGAAAGUGUUAAUGACAACAGAUAUGUAUCCAGAUUAUGCACGAAUUUUUCCGUAUUCCAGAACAACCAAUGUAACGUAAAUGCUGCUAGUCUCUUAGGAAGCUGGCCUAUCGCCAGAGCAACACAAUCCGGAGGAUACUUUCUUUUGACCAAUAGCCAGUCGCCAUUCGCUAGAGGUUAACAAACCAACCGUUAAUUUUCGGCACGCCAAUUAAAAUCUUGCAAAAAUAAACAUUUUUUCGCAUUUCAA